GGGCUACUUCAGCCUAUUGAUGAAACACUGGUUAAAAAAAUUCAUGAGCUUGUUGGAAGUGGUGUUAAUAGAGUUUCUGAAAUGCAACGGCACCUGCAUCAUUAUGUAAAGAAGGAACUUUUCACAGGCCAACAGCCUCCAGAUCUAACCUACAGACGGUUCUUCCCAACAACCAUGGAUGUCAGGAACCACACGUAUCGUGCCACAGUGGUGUGCAGACAUUCACAAUUGAUCAAGAAAACCUUGACUUAAAAAUCAAGAAGUGGAAAGAAGAAAGAGAAAGAAGAAGAAAGAAAGCCCAAAUGAUAAUUUCUUUUUCAGGCCUUACUGCCUGACAAGUGAUAGUGAGUCCUAUCAACAACCACAGUCACUGAAGGAAGAAGACAGCACUGAUGUAAUUAAAAUAAGUAUAGGUGAUCCAUCCAACAACCUCCUCCUUGUUCACCAGACGAAGUGGCAAAGAGAGCUGCUUUUAAAGUAUGGUGGUGAAAUUUGCCUACUGGAUGCAACAUACAAAACUUCACGCUAUGCCCUCCCCACAUUCUUUCUGUGUGUGAAAACCAAUGUAGAUUACUGUGUUGUUGCUUCUUUUCUGGUUCAGCUGGAAAAUGCAGAUGCCAUUAAUGAAGCUCUACAGCUCAUUAAGGACUGGAAUCCA